AACUGUCAUCAUGCAUCGAUGAAUUUCACCGACCUGCCACUGGACAUCCUGCCACACAUCCUCAUUCACCUCGUCCGUCCCCAACAUCUUGCCAACGCAUGUCUCGUCAACCGCUCGUUCUACGCCUUCGGGAUCCCCUUCCUUUAUCAUCGGGCUACGAUCUAUUCCUGGCAUAAAGCUUGGAAAGAUAAGGUGGCGCAGCUAUUCAAGACGCUGGCCGAUUGUCCCGGACUAGCGCGGUACAUGCUGCGGCUGGAAAUCCGGGACUUUCCCAAAUCCAUCGCAUUUCCGCACCCUCUCGAGUCGCUCGUGCUGCGCGGCCUAGGCAAUUGCACGAAUCUGCGCUCCUUCACGUGGACGCGCGACGGAACCCUGUCGUCGCCCAUCCUCCGAGUCCUUGCGUCUCUGCCGACCCUUGCAGAGCUGGAGCUCAACGGGCGUGCGGGGCGCCGAUGGGACGCCGAGCUGUUGGAUCAGGUCACAGGGCUGCGGAGGCUGAGUUUGACGAUGCCGACAGAGGAUGUGGUGCGCCGGCUCCCGCUGUGCUUGCGUAACUCGGCCGCGUCGUUGACGGAGCUGACGCUCAUCUGUCGCAUGUCGCCGCUGGUCACUGACGCUGUGCUCGUAGCACUUGCGCCGCAUCUCGUCAAUCUCGAGCAGUUCGCGAUCAUGGGUUGCCCCAGGGUGACGCCUGCCGGUGUCUGCGCCGUUCUCGAAGCCUCAUUGCUUGGAAUGACCUCUCUGGCGCUGGAGGGUCUCGCGCCUAAAUUCCCUAUCACAACGCUCGCAAACUUCAUUGCUGGCCACCCCGCUGUCGUCGCGCGCCUAAAAUCCGUCACGCUCAGUGUCCCAUCAUCAACGUGGCUUCCAAGUGUCAGCCGCAUGCUCGACCGCGCCCCGCUCGAGGCGAUCCAUCUGUACGCCAGUCUCGCCCUCACACCCCGCUCGAAGGACGUCGCGGCCGAGUCCAAUCUGGAGCACACACGCGCAGAGUUCUGGGCGCACUUGGUCGCGGCGCAUGGGCAUCGGCUCACGCGUGUUUCGGUGCACCGGAUGUCGAUCGGCGUCGAUACGAUUCGUGAGGUGUGCUUGCGAUGCGAGCGCUUGAGGGAGCUGUUUGUGGUCGUUGGGGCCAGGGAUGUCGCGAGAAUAGGGGAGUGCCUCGCGCUGACGCGGUGUCUAGAGGCCAUUCAUCUGAACUUUGCCGUGCAAAGCAAUGCGCGAGCCGACGGAUGGGAAGAGGAGGAUGAAGAUGAUGUCGAUGAGAGCGACAGUGACGAGGAGAGGGACGUCAGUGCCAAUGAGGAUGAUCUUCCGGACCCGCAUACAUGGCUACCCGGUGCCCCAGGGAUCAUGACUGCACCGGAGGCCUUGUCCCUGGUCCGCCGCUGCCCAGAUACGAUCAAGCUGUUCGGAUGCAACGCGCGAGUGUGGCAGGUGGAACGAGACAUCAAGCGCGCAGAGGAUGGCAGUGUGGUGCUGGAGCGGAUUCUGGGGCCGUACUCAGGUGUGGACAUUCCGGAGCAGUUCUUGGUCGUCCGGACUUAGCUUUCGCGUCUGCAGCGUCAUAGGAUAUACAUGUUUCUUGCAAGGAUACUGCUCUUACAUGCGAGCUGCUAUCUCCAACGGAAGCGAAGUCCAAAUAGGCCAAAAUGCCCCUUGAAUGGAGGUCACUGUCAGUCGGCCGAUCGGGUUUGUUCGGAUUUGCGACCAGGUUCCGUGAGACAGCAUGAGACCUGUCAGCCCUUGCAGCAUUUCAUUGCAUCCGAAUCCCUUGCGGCUCUCGCUUCCAUUCACUAAUAAUGUUUCACGUCUUAUCGGCGCCAGUUGCUGACUUGAAGUGUCAGUGAAAAGCUAAGGAGAAAGCUCGAGCAGUCGAAGACAAGCCCCGUGCACCAUGCGGCAGUGCUUGGCUGUCUAACCGUUUAAUUUCCUUCGAAAAUCAUGAGGGACUCUCGCAACAAAAAUUUGGUUCCAACCAAAGCUGGAGAUACUCAACGUUGCGUGGGAGAACGAUGGUCAUCAUCUGAAUGUAAUACUCCCAUCCGCAAUAUCACCAGAGCCCUUUCUAGCCCUCGCACCUCGACAUCGUCCCGUGUUCUUUAAGCAAAUUUGCUCCAGCGGGCAGUGAGCUUGAAUUUAGAAUAACAGUGUGCGUGGUCGCGUCGAUACAUAGUAUCAACCCGAGAAGAAUUGGAAGAUUU